CUCACAGGCUCCGUCUAGACUCUAGCGGCUAGCGGCUUGCGGUCAGUGUUUUACUGACAUUGAGCGCGUGCGCAGGUCACCAUGAUCUUCAUUGCUUUUUUGGUAUCCGGUUUAAUUGCUGUGGAUGCGUCAUGUCCACCCAUUGUAUCCAAAAAGGAGUGGGAUGGUCUAUCACCCUUGCACGUGGAGUACUUACCCAGGCCAGUGGAUCUGGUCAUCAUCCAGCACACAGUCACACCGUUCUGUUCUACGGACGCCGCGUGUGCAGACCUAUACGAUACUCAAAUGGAUGAGCUGGGAUUCUGGGAUAUUGGAAUGUCAUUUCUCAUAGGUGGUAACGGUAAAAUAUAUGAGGGCAGCGGUUGGCUUCACGUCGGUGCACAUACCAUAGGCUAUAAUAAGAAAUCCAUUGCGAUUUCCUUCAUAGGAAAUUAUAACAAUGACACGCCAACAACCGCUCAGCUAGACGCUACAAAAGCAUUGAUCCGUUGUGGUGUGGAAAAUGGUCACUUAUCACCAGACUACAAGGUGGUAGCUCACAAACAACUGAUCGCGACUCAAAGCCCUGGACGCCGACUCUACCAGGUGAUUAGAACUUGGCCUGAUUGGAUGGAAGACGUUACGUCGAUUAAAAAUUGAUCAUUA